AUGGCGGCGCGAACUCCUAUUCUCCUCUCCGACCCAUUGCCCAUGACACCUCCAAAGAGACGCGGCGGCCACUUACAAGACCUCCUUGCCCAAUUCGGUUCCCAAAAGUCGUCCGAAUCCGUGACCAAGAAACGGCGAACAGCGUCGCAGCAAAAAACACAACCAGAAGGCGCAAUCGCUCCUCCACCACCAUCUGCACAAGACGGCGACGACAGCGAACUCCGCCAGAGGCAAUCUUCUCCGCUCAACUCCGCUUCUGCUUCCGCUUCCUCCCCCUCGUCCUCCGACGACCGACUACGCGACUUCCACGAGACCGAUUCCUUUUUCAGUAGCCCCGAAUCCAAGCCGACCAAGACCAAGGCUACCAACAAGCCAACCCAGACCGUACGCUCUUCUCGCCGCACGUCUACGAGGCAGUCCAAGGGUACGGCCAACGAGGACGAGAGUGUAGACGAACUGGCCCCAUCGGCCCGUCCAAUGCGCAAAAUCAGCGCCAGAAUCUCGGCCUACAGCGAGGAACUCAAGAUGGAGAAGCGCAAGAGGGAGCGUGAACAGGUCCAAGGCUUGCGACGCAGUGGACGCGACCGCAAGAGCGUCAUCCUCGAAUCAGAUACCGUGCCCUCACCGUCCCCGCCCAGGAAAAAGGCACCCCCACCCCGUAAACUCGACACGGCCCGCCAGCGCCUACGCGACGACAUUGCGAACCAAUCCAAGACCAAGGCGAACAACUUCCUCGUGGCCAAUAAGCACUACUUCCUCCCGCUCCUCCCCCCGAACAACCAGGUAGCCAGACUGGCUGCAAAGGGCGAUGCUGGGCCAAUUGUCGAGUAUGAAGAGCUCACGGAGCAGCCCAAGGGUGUCCGGGCGACCAUGAAGCCCUACCAGCUCUCGGGUCUGUCCUACCUCGUCCACCUCUACAACAACGGCUUUUCUGGCAUUCUCGGUGAUGAGAUGGGCCUGGGAAAGACGCUGCAGACGCUGUCGCUCUUCCAAUACCUUGAAGAGCUCGACGGCAAGAACGGCGUAUCCAGCGAGGAGCAGCGUCCCUACCUCAUCAUCUGCCCGCUCAGUGUUCUCAACUCCUGGGUCACCGAGGCCGAGAAGUGGGUUCCCGAGCUCAAAGUGCUUCGCUUUCACGGCGCCUCGACGGAGCGUGCCCGCCUCAAAAAGGUCGCACAAGGCAUGGAGGACAUGAAGGGUCGUGAGACGAAGCGUGCAAAGGAUCGCAAGGCGAGCAAGAAGGCGGGCCGGAAGUUGUCCAAGCUAUCGAGCAAUGAUCAAGACGGUUCGUAUAAGAUCAUCGUUACCACGUACGACACUUUCCAAUCCGAGCAAUCCUGGUUCAAGACAGCCUUUGUCUGGCGCUAUGUCGUAUUGGAUGAAGGCCACAAGAUCAAGAGCAGCGUCACCCAGAUUUCGACUGCGCUCCGCACCAUCAGUACCGAGUACCGAUUGAUCCUGACCGGUACACCUCUUCAGAACAACCUGGUGGAGAUGUGGGCGCUAUUGGCCUGGCUCUAUCCUACCGUCUUCGUCGACAAGACUGAGACGCUGUUCAAAGAGUCCUUCGACCUCAACAAGGGCAAGGUCAUUAGGAAGACCAUGGAUGACGCCCGACGUCUGCUCGAGCUCAUCAUGCUCCGGCGUAUGAAGGACAGCCCAAGUGUCAAUCUUGGCUUGCCACCCAAGGAAGAGGUUCUUCUCCACGUACCCCUCACCCCCAUGCAGAAGUUUUGGUAUACCAGAUUGCUUACUCGUAUCGACGACGGCAUGUUGAAUAAGCUGUUUGCAGAUGGCAAGACCAAGGAAAGGGCUGCGAUUGCACAAGACCAGCAAGAUGUCGAAUUACUUCGCGAAGCUGCGAAGCUGGUAGAGACCUCUCAUGAUGAAUGGGACGAGACUGCCGAGAUUAUGCGCGCAACCAUUGCCAAAGAGCAAGAAAGUUCCGACAGUGCCCCCACCAAAGGUGCCUGGAUGAAGCUGAUGAAUCUCGUUAUGCAGCUGCGCAAGUGCUGCUCACAUCCCUAUCUCCUGCCCGGUGUCGCACCAGAUCCUUAUUACCUUGGCGAUCACAUCAUUCGAGGCUCGGGUAAAUUCAUCCUGUUGGAGAAGUUGCUCAAGCAUACCGUCUUUGAACAGGGCAAGAAGGUGCUCAUCUUUUCCGGCUUUACACGUACGUUGGACUACUGUGAGGAUCUUUUGUCGCUCAUCAGCAACCGUGGAGAGAAAUUUAGGCACCUUCGUCUAGACGGUAGCUCUGCUAGAGCCCGUCGUAAUCUAGACAUUCGGCUGUUCAAUCAGGAGGGAUCGGACUACAAGGUCAUGCUGUUAUCCACCCGUGCAGGCGGUCUAGGUAUCAAUCUCACGAGUGCCCAAGAUGUCAUAUUCCUCGACGAAGACUGGAAUCCGCAGAUUACGCUGCAAGCUGAGGCUCGUGCCCAUCGUAUUGGUCAGACAAAGCCAGUCACCAUUUACAAGCUGUGUACUCAGGGUACAGUCGAAGAGCAAAUGAUGGGUCGUAUCCGCAAGAAGCUCUAUCUGUCAGCAAAGAUCACCGAGUCUAUGCAGAGCAUUCAUGGAAAGCAAGACAUGGCUAAGAAAGGUCGAGGUCAUUCCUCAAUCAAUGAAGACAUGCCGCAAAUGGACACGUCGCAACUGAUGACCCUCGUCCGCCGGGGAGCGCAGACCCUAUCGCACCCUGAGAUCGACGUCAAGGAAAUGGUCUCGUGGGACUUGGAAACGAUGCUGGAGAAUUGCAGAGACAAGCCUGCAGAUCUGACCACCGCCUCCGGUCCACACAGCGAGAUUGAUGAGGACAAAUGGCUCUCCGUCAUGGAACGCGUGGAAUGUGCCGUCUUUGACGGGAAGCGCCACCAGCGCCAAUUCGACAAGAAAUCCAAAUCCGCCACGUCGGCCGCCAACAUUCUACCCGACAGCAUCACGCGCGAGGACCGUCGCAAGAACAAGAACACGACUGUCAUGGUCGACGGCUAUGCCAUUAGCAAGGAAUCUAUGACCUGUGGUGAUUGGGAGGCUGUUCCCACAUUCGCCGGCAAGGAUCCCCGCCUUGCGGAGCCUGUGCGUGCAAAAAAGCGCGAGUUCAAUCACGAAGAGCACUGUCUGGUUUGCUUUGAGAAUGCAGAUGUCGGAGAUGUGGUCGAAUGCAAGUCCUGCCCUCGCGCAUAUCACUACGAUUGUCUCGAUGGUCAGCUGGCAGAGAAGGUCACUGGCUUCCGAGGAUUUUACUGCUCACAGCACAAGUGCUUUGAUUGCGGAAAGUCGACAUCUGAUGCGGGUGGACUCAUCUACCGCUGCCGUUGGUGUCCCAAGGGCUUCUGCGAAGACUGUCUGGACUGGGACACUGCUGAACUAGUUGGUGAGAAUCUUCCCGAGUUUGAGUUGAUAGACGAAGGACCGGCAACAGGUGGUUUCUACGUCAAGUGUCCCAAUUGCGUGGAGCACUCACAGGAGAAUGAGGAGCAGAGAGAGUGGCUGGCUAGUAUGGAGAAUGCGUACAAGGAACAGCACAAUACAUGGGUGCGGGAGCGUGAGGCGGCGCAAAAAAGAGUCGAGGCACACGAUGUUGCUGCUCUUCUUGAGCCAGUAGUUGCCCUCUCCCGAAACGUCGAGCAUGUUGCAAGCCCUCCGCGCAUCGUCGAGCCCAUUGUCAUCGAUGACGACGACGACGACGAUGUCAGGACUACAUCUCCACCCGCGUUGACCGAUACGUCGAUGCCCACGCCUGCACUUUCGGGAUCCCGCGUCAGCACGCCCAAGCUGGUGGAGCCGUUGAGCAAAAGCAAGAGCAAGAAGCGCAGUAUCUGUCAUUCCGAUGAAAUUUUUGGCGAGACGCGCGAGGAGAAAAGGAUAAGGCUUGAUGCGCAGACUUGGAGCAUGGAGCAGGAUCCCUUGUUGAUGGGGGCUAGUUUGUGA